UCUGAAAUGGAAAGCAGCAAGGUCAUCUCUACUGACAAAGCUGAAGUUAUCAUCCAAAUAAAUCCUGAGUCAAAAGACAGCGUUAUUUUUGUUGAUGGACAGCUGGCCAUGGGAACAAAUCUCAAUACAACCUUUAAAGAAUUUUUCAAACCACAACUAAAGGCACUGUGGACUGUACAGAUAAUGAUUGGAGUGAUGGUCUUCUCACUUGGUAUUCUACACACCACAAAUUUCUACAGACACUCUGCUAUUGUUGUCUUUAGUGGCAUCACCUACUGGGGAUCUCUCAUUUACAUCAGCGCUGGCUCUCUGUCUGUUGCUGCGCAGAAAAAUCUUAAUCCAUGUUUGGUGAAAGCCUCUCUUGGAUUGAAUGUGGCCAGUGCCAUAACUGCAGGACUAGCCAUUAUACUGAUGGGCAUACAAUUGAAACUAAUAUCAAUGGAUGAUCGACGUUUUCAUGAUGAGGCCCCUGAGUCGGGUGGCUAG